AUUAAACACCUCGAUGCUAAUCAACUGGAUUCUGGUAAUCUGGCACAUCCAGGAGUAGGACCUUACGGAAUAAACUCAGCAGAACCGAUAAAGAAGCAUGCAUAUUACCAAUGGGUGCCUUUUGUUCUAUUUUUCCAAGGAAUUAUGUUUUAUUCGACACAUCUGUUAUGGAAAAAAAUGGAGGGAGGAAGAUUGAAAUAUUUAGUAAACGGACUAAAGUACGCGGCCUUCUCAUUAGAAGACAAAGAACUCGAAAUAAAGUCUAAGAAACAGAAGCAGGGUCAGAAGAAACUCAUGAUUCCUACUAAAGGCGAUAAAACAAAAAAAAUUCAACAAAUCCGAAACCUGUUCACGCAAGGUAUAUACGUAAAUAGAAAUUGGUCCACGAAACUGAUCGUCUGUGAGGUACUCAAUGUUCUUCACGUCAUAUUCCAAAUUUGCCUCACUAAUAAGUUUCUGGGUGGAAAUUUUAUCAGUUUAGGUUUGCAUAUUUUGUCAGAAGGUUUAAACUCCAACGUAGAUAUUCUGGACGAAGUAUUUCCAAAGGUAACGAAAUGUACCUUCCACAAAUACGGUCCAUCGGGUUCUAUCCAGCAUCAUGAUGCAAUGUGUGUCAUGGCUCUCAACAUUGUCAACGAGAAGAUCUACACUGGAUUGUGGUUCUGGUUCGCUUUUAUCCUAAUCGGUUCGAUAUUAGCUGUCAUCUGGAGAAUACUGACUAUUUUCUUGUACUCCAGGAGCAGAAUUUUCAAUAGGUUGGUGUUCUGUACUUCCUCUCCAGGUCGACUCAAUCCUUGGAGGGUGCUCUCUCUCUUGAAUCAAGUUAGUUUUACCGACUGGCUUUUUCUGGUAUAUUUAUCCAAGAAUAUUGAUCCGAUGGUAUUCAGAGAUAUUUCCCAAGGGAUUUCUGAAGACAUGCAGGAAAAGACCGGCGAUAAACUCCUGAUUGAUGAUGUAGAUGGUCAAAAGUUCUCGGGAAUUUGACGCCAGCUUAGAGUACUUCAAUUUAUAGUUGUAUUAGUUUUUGCUCAAUAAAUAAAUGGAUACGAUAUAAUUCAGAA